AUGGCUGCCAAUAUUGCAGGUUUGGUAUCUCCCGCAGUUUGCACUGUGGACUUCUCCCUGGUCCCGAUCGGGGCUCAUAGUGCAUCGUUCUCGAGGCAGAUCGCCGAUGUUCAGCGCCUGAUGCAGCAGUCUGGUCUCAAGUAUCAGAUGCAUGCUACCGGAACCACCGUGGAGGGGCCAUGGGAUCAAGUGGCUCGUAUAAUUGGAUAUUCACAUACGUUGCUCCAUCAGGAGGGAAUAGCAAGGAUCCAGACAGAUAUCCGUAUGAUCACCAGAACGGACAAGGUCAAGCCGAUGGAGGAAAGUGUGGUGUCGGUAGAGAGACUCUUGGCGACUUGAUAUCUUGAUAUCGUUCUUGAAGCACCUGUGGCCAAUGAAUCCAGAUAUAUAUCGCAGCAGGUUAGAAGCUGAAGCAUGGGAUGUUGUGGGACAAGCUUUGUUGUGUUAAAACACGAGACCUUGAGAAUUGAUUAACAGCGAGUUCGAAC